AUGGCGUUGGGUCAUCUGGAACUUUUCUGUCAUAAUAAGCCUACUGUUGGAGCUCCAUCCGUUGACGACAACUGCAAUGUGGAAAUUGGAGUGACGUCUGAUGACAAAACAAUAGUAUGUCUCCACCCGUCGGUAGAUGUGCCCUAUGAACUCACACAGCCGAUUCCCUGGCUAGAUGCCAUCAGCGAUCAGUCAGAGACACACGAGCAGGUGCUCAAAGCCCGUCUCGGUAAAGAGCUUUUAAAUAACAAUCAGGCUCCAACCAUAGAGGAGCUCAGCAAGAUGUUCUACACCACCAAACACCGCUGGUACUCAGUCGGACAAUAUCACACAAGACACAGAAACCGAAAUCCACCCAAAGACAGAUAGUUCUGGAUAGUUUUCCUGUCUUUUCUGAUUUCUGUAUAAAUGAUUUUUACCUACACUGUUGUACAUUAAAUCAACUCCUCCUUCAGCAGUGGGUGCUGUUUUUUUAUAUUUAUGUCUAUUCAUGAUGACGCAUCAUUAUCUUGUAAAAUGUGAAUCAUAUGAAUUACUUUUAAUUUAAAAGGUCAAGAUAAGUCUUAUAAAUUUACAGCAGGUGAAUUAUUAAACAAUGUCCAUUAUUUAGAUGUUCAAUCAUUCUAAUACAC